AUGGCUUCAACCGCCGAAGAAGCUGGUGCCGCAGCUGGCCCAUCUCCUCGAUCCCCCACCAAGUCACCUUCAAAAUCUCCCCCGCUGAAUCCGGCCGCAUCCCCUGACAUCGAGGUGGAUCCCGGCCACGAAGGCGCCGAUGAUGAUGGCGAUUCCCUGCUAGGAGGAAGCGUUGCAAGUUCCACCACUUCACUCUCGGCAAGUAUUUUGGAAUUCCGCAAGAUCCAUGGCCGGACAUUCCACAACUUCAACACCGACACCGAAUACUGGGGCCCCAACGAUGAGAGGCAAAACGAGCAUCUCGAUAUCAACCACCAGAUGCUCCUCGUUGCGAUGGAUAACAAGCUCUACCAUGCUCCGAUCGGCGAUGACCCGCAGAGAGUGAUUGAUAUCGGUACGGGAACGGGUAUCUGGGCAAUAGAUUUUGCCGACCAGUUCCCAUCCGCCGAAGUUACCGGCACCGACAUCUCCCCUACCCAGCCCCUCUGGGUCCCUCCCAACUGCAAAUUUGAACUUGACGAUGCCCAGCUCACCUGGACGUACCCCGACAACCACUUCGACUACAUCCACAUGCGCCUCAUGAUGGGCUCCAUCAAAGACUGGCCCGCUCUCUACAAGGAAGUCUACCGCUGCCUCAAGCCGGGCGGUUGGUUCGAGCACCAAGACUACGAUCCGCGCGUCGUCUCGGACGACGGGACAGUUGGGUCCGACUCGCCGUGGAAUCAAUGGGGCAAAAUCUUCAUCGAGGCUGGCGAGAAGCUGGGCCGGACGUUUUCCGUCAUUAUCGAUCGAAAUAACUACGGCUGGAUGAAAGACGCGGGAUUCGAAAAUGUCCAGGAGAAGAGGAUUAAGUUGCCGCUGGGCUCGUGGCCGGCGGAUCCCAAGUGGAAGACAAUUGGACAGUAUAAUCUGAUCGCUACGGAGCAGGGGCUCGAAGGCUUUGCCCUUUACGUGCUCACCAAUGUGCAUGGCUGGGGCUUGGAGGAGACACAAGUUUAUCUCGCAUCGGUGCGCAAGGAGCUGCACAACCGGAAGAAUCACGCAUACUACGAGACGGCUUCCGUCUUUGGCCAAAAGCCAAAGGAAACUGGGGAACAGUAA